GGUUGCACAACAUAAAAGUAUUUCGUGUGCUGUAACGCAAUGCAAUCCGCUUGAGUUGUUAUUGAGGAACGAAUGGCGAAAGGUCAGGCAUGAUGUCAGUGACUACGCUGAGUACGCUCCGCUGGGUCAGUCGCUUUGUGAAAUCCGUUGCUGUAGCGCGUAUUGCUGGCGCUGGUGUAGAAAGCUUUUCAUGGCAGGGAGGUUGUAUUUCUUUGCCUGUAUCACAAAAAGUUAACAACGUUUCACAGAGAUUAGGAACACGAAAUUUUGGAAUGGGCAUAAUACUACCUUGUCCGCGGUCCAACGGCCAAGGUUCAGCUAUGGAGGAAGAAAUAGAAGAUGUGGUUUGCAGUGAAGCUGAUAUUCCUGAAGGAGGAAUGAAGAGCUUCCCGCUGGGGGACAGCGAGGUGUUGCUGGUACGGCAGGGGGGCGCCGUGAGGGCCGUGGGCAGCAAGUGUCCGCACUACGGCGCGCCGCUGGAGAAGGGGGCGCUCUCCCCGGACGGUACCAUACGCUGCCCCUGGCACGGCGCCUGCUUCAGUUCUGAGACCGGUGACAUCGAAGAUUUUCCCGGGCUGGACUGCUUGCCAUGCUAUUCUGUGUCCAUGGUCCCUCUGGAGGACGGCGGACGCCUGGUGAAGGUGCGCGCUAAGCGGUCACUACUGGCCGCCAACAGGCGCGUCCAGCCGCUGGCCAAACGCGACCCUAAAGUCAACACGACUGUCGUCGUCGUCGGGGGAGGUGCCGCGGGCAAUGCAUGCGUGCAAGGUCUGCGUCAGGAGGGCUUCACAGGGCGCGUGGUGCUGGUGUGUGGGGAGCCCAGCCUUCCCUACGACCGCCCCAAGCUCUCCAAGAACUUGAGCGCCACGCCUGAUAGCGUGGCCCUAAGGAACAGGGAGUACUAUGAGAUGGGCGACAUAGAGCUGAUCCUGGGCAACCCUGUCGUGAGCCUCAACAGUGAAGAGAAGAAGCUGUUGUUGCUGGACAACAAGACCCUGGUCUACGACCAUCUCUUCAUAGCUACCGGUGGCAAGCCCAUCACUCUGCAGGACCCAGACUCGGGGCUGUCAGGUGUAUUGACCCUGCGAACGCCUGCCGACGGGGCGGCCAUCCUGCAGCAAGCCACUAACCAGCACGUCGUAAUCGUCGGGACCUCCUUCAUUGGCAUGGAGGUGGCCUCACACCUCAUGUCGCUGGGCAAGUGCGCGAGCGUGAGCGUGGUGGGGCGCAGCGUUGUGCCCUAUGACCGCAGCCUGGGCACCGCCGUGGGGCGCCGCCUGCAGCAGCUGCUCGAGCAGCAGGGCGUCACCUUCUACAUGGACGACGCUGUCGCUGAGAUCGUCGGCCGCGACCGUGUCGAACAGGUGGUGCUGAAGAACGGAGCCCACCUGGAGGCGGGCGUGGUGGUGUGUGGCAUCGGUGUGCUGCCCGCCACGGAGUUUCUCCAGGAGUCUGACGUGAACCUCGACGACCGUGGAUACGUUGUCGUGGACCAGUUUCUGAGGAGCAGUGCCCCAGGGGUUUACUGUGGUGGGGACAUCGCUGUCUUCCCCCUACAGUAUGGCAAUGAAGUCCGGCAGGAGAGGGCCAACGUCGGUCACUGGCAGAUAGCGCAGUAUCACGGAUACGUCGCGGCCCACAACCUGCUCUCUUCGCUGACUAACACGAGGCUCAGACCUGUCAAGACAGUGCCCAUGUUCUGGACCGUCUUGCAGGGCAAGAGUCUCAGAUAUGCAGGUUACGGGGGAUCUUACGAUGACGUGAUCGUGACGGGCGAUCUCGAAGGCCUGGCGUUCCUGGCCUACUACCUGGAGAACGACGUGGUCGUGGCGCUCGCAUCCAUGGGCAAGGACCCCGCGGUCGCCCGCUUCGCCGAACACCUCCGCAACGGCGGCACCUUGACGCGCGAGCAGGUCGAGGAGGAUGGUGACGUGGCUCUCAAUCUGCCGGAGAUACCAGAGAGCGAGUGAACAUUUAGGGCGAGGCAGUGGGCGACGUUGAUGUUAUCGAAGUGACCGAUACAGCUGACGACGCUGAUCUUAAGCUGCUGGAGAUAUAAAAGAGCGAGUUAACUGAGUAAACAGACUGAGCCAAAGAGUUAAAUUGAUCUUAAAUUUUUUGUGUCAAAACGGUACCUCCAUUUGCCAUUCCGUUACAAAUAUCUCUGACCACGGUUAAUGUGUCCGUAAACGAAGGCUUACCAUGCCGGUGGUAACAAAUUUAUUUGAAUACUCGAAUUUCAUUUUGAAACUCAAUGUGCCUCUUGUAAGCAUGAUUCUCCACCCGAUUCUCGGGUUGGACGAUCAUCGUCCAACCCGAGCUAGGACGUUCUAAUUACAGCCCCUAUAGGCAACCAUGUGCUGCCGAUCAAGCUGGAGUGCGCAUUGUUUAAAAGCAGGAUUAAGUAAAGACUGAUUUUUCUAGCUAAUUCAAAGUUAGUAGAAAUUUGCUUGAUUUUAUGGAAGUCCCCUUCAAUGCAUUGAUUGUCGUCGGUUCAGAGACGAAUGAAAUAUCCUGCGUAAUGUAUCUACUAUGUAAAUUAGUAAUAAUGCUACCAAGAUUUUUGGUCGAUAUCUUCUAGAAUGUGCGGUACUAUUUUUUCCUUCAUUUUCUCUGAUCUAUCUUGCUGCGGAUGAAUCUUUGUUGAUGCUUGGAAGCUCUUAGUGCUGAAUUUAUUUGUCUCCUGCGUGCAAGUUCUCUAUUCUGUUAGGUGUUAGGUCUGAGAAGAUGUUACCGUCUCAGGUCCAGAGAUAUGUGAUACUUUAGUAAGAAUUAUUUCUCGUUUGUUCCUUUUGAAAUUUUCUGUUAUUACUAUAUUGUUGGAAGUUAGUCUUUGCUUCGUGUUCUUACGAUGUACGGUAUUUAUUUAUUUGUAUCCGCCUAUGAGUUCUGCGAUCAACUAUGCUUAGCAUUGAGAUCAUUUACGUAAGUCAUAGCUUCAUAAUGUGUUAUUCUCCGUCCAUUUCAGACAAAUGUUUCAUUUGGAACAUCUUUACUGUUAGACAUUGCAUGCCUUAUGAAAAUAUUCCUUUUUAUCAGGCACGUUUAUUUUGCCAGGAAAGUGUGAAGAUGUCGAAUAAAUUCGUCUUUGUUCACAAACCGCCUUGUCAAAUGUUAUAUGUGCCGCUACAUCUCAUGUGCUUUAAUCAGAGGUAAACUAUUUGAAGGUUGGAACCCAUCAUAUUGGUUAAAUAGUUUUUUUCUCUUUAUUUAUUUGCAUAAAAUUACCUUAGGAGAUUCGUGAAGACGUUCAGUAUUCCAGGAUCUCCUACAAAUUCUACUCUUUGAACUAAAAUAUUUGGCCAUGAACCGCAAACUGCUGGGAUGAGGACAACUUAUGUGACUGAUACCUACGCAAGAAAGAUUUAAUUCUUCUUAAGGGUCUCACCGUCCAAAAAAGUUUAACGAAAAAUUCUUCUUGUGUUGUGCCAAAUUGAUAUUUCUUGGUGUAAUUUCAGCCAGUAAUAAAAUGUAUUUGUUG